AUGCCCCAGAGAGGCCCAUUGCGCCAGGUACCCGCGGCGCGCGAGUACGUAUGCGAGGUCGCCGGCUGCCUCUACCUCGUGCUCUCCAUCUGUCUGAGCGUCUACGCCCUCGACGUCUUUGCGCCGUACAUGGAGAAUGGUCUUUUCUGGCCGCAUUUUGACGCGUCCAACACACUAAGUCUUCUUGGCGCCGUCUUGAAUAAGCACCUCGGUGCGCUUACUGGAGGUUCGAACCCUGUACCGAUCGACCUACUAGCAUCCAGCGCGUCGAUUUGGCGACGCGCCUCGACAGGUGUCAGCCCUGCCUACCCGCGUCGUUUGCUCUACCAAGAGCUCACGGACCUUGCGGUGGCGAUCCCAGGGUUACGGCGCCUCGAACCGAGUGCCGUCGCGUUCAUGAUCACACCGUACUGCUGGGUCGACCUCCAGCGGCGCUGGGUGCUCGCACACACGCCGCGUCGACUGGAGCGCUGCGUCGCCACCGACUUGGACAAUGGCGCCGUGUACCUCGAAGCAGUGUUGCGCAAUAUUGACGUUGACGCGUGGAAUACAGCGUCUGGCGGCGCCUUCUCGACCAAGAUUGCGUCGUCGAUUGCAGCAUCGUCGGCGGAGGGUGCGGCCUGGGUCGAGGCAAUACUGCAUCGCCACGAGGUGCUCCCCGUCGACAACGAAAUGACUUACUGGCAAGCGCGGGGUCUCAUCCGCUUUCAGCUGCAGUACGGCAAUCGCGUUCAGCUAGGCAUCAACGAGAACGUCGCCAUCACCAACGCGCUUGGGGUUACAUACGAACUACCGCUCACCUCGAUCCGAGCGCUGCACCGUGGCGCGUCCUGGACCACCUCGUACAUGUACCAGAGUCUUGGCAACGACUUGAAUGCGAUUUGGCCCAACCAAAGCCUCGUGGUCAACACGUCGACCUAUUUUGGCGUGCAAGAUAGGGACGCUCUUGUCGCCUACGACGUGGGCCUGCCCCUCAACGCGGUCAACGAGGUCAUUACCUCGUCCGUGGGUCCGCUCAAUUCGAUCGAUCUCCGCUGGCUGCGCGUGCCGCCGGGCCUCGCCGACGCCGUGGCCGCAUUUGACGCCACGCUCUACGAUCUCAUAUCGACCAAUGCGACCGUGUACGACGCCCUGGCGUCAUUGCCGCUACUACACGCCGAGACGGUUCCGUACAAGUGGCAAGACCCGUCGCUGCGCUUUCUGAGCGGCAACCUCAUGUGCAGCAGCGGCGCGCCGAUGCCGUUUGUCUUGAGGGCUUUUGGCUUUGACGACGCGUGCGGGACGCAAGUCCCGGCUAUCUUUCCGCUCUCGGCGACGAAUACGCUGUUUGCUGUGCACAUGCUAUACGGUCAUCAUAUGAACGACAUUUGCACCCAAGUGCCGCACCAAGUCGCAGCGUGCGAGCGACUCGUGGCGCAUCUCACCGACGUGUACAAACUGCUGGCGCCGUUCUUACGACACAUUGAUCGGCCGACGCUGGACGAUGUACAGCUUGCCAAAGUACAAGUUGUCCUCAACGGCUCGACCCUCUCGCUGCAAACAGUCUUGCUUCUGGGCGAGCGCUUUGAUUUCUUUGGCUGGAUCAACCUCUAUGACUGGGCCCAGAAUGCGCGCGAAGCCAUUGCCUUCGAGGGCGAUCUUCGCACCUUGCACUUGGUCUCGUACGCGUAUGCGCCCCUCCCACCACCGAGCAUUGGGAGUCGCACCAACACCAAUGUGGGCAAAUACCUCUGGUUCACCUCCAGUGUCGUGACAGGAGUCCUCGGUGCCGUUGGAUGCCUCUGCCUCUUCUUGGUGUGCCGCCACCGACCGCGUCCCGGCACGACCCCGUGGUUUCUCUUUUCGAGGCUCGUGUCGUCCGUCUGGCUCAACCGGACGCUCCUUAGUGUCCGUGCGAUGACAGCGCUCCUGUGUCUUUCCACGGCCCCGAUCGUUCCGAUGGUCGUCCAUAGCGACGUGUGGCAACUGCAGUGGCAACCUCGGACGAUGCUGACGUCCGCGAUCCUCGCCAGCGAAGCAUCUUGGCUUACAUACAUGGCGUACGAAGUGCUGCAUCCGUUGACGUCGGGCUAUACCCACCAUGCCGCCAUGGUCAGCGCGGUGGUCACCUAUGGGACGGUCCUUGCCGUCGACGUGUGGUUUCCAGUGACCGUCGUCGCCUCGGUGCAUCGCCGCUGCGACUUGCUCAACAUGGACUGGCAAUUGGAGUGCUGCAGUGCGAGCGUUCGCAUUGGAUCGCUCCAUCAGCUUCUUUGGCUGCUCUUGCUUCAGCUCUUUGGCGUGCUCGUCGGCUAUGUGGUCGCUGUGGGCUACAAGCACUGUCGUUGGCAUCGACCGAGUCGUAUUGUGCCAGCUCAACGACCGCCCGCACUCUUACUGCAAGCCUCGGUUCACGCCUUUGGAGUUGAUACAACACCGACGCUGAACUACGCCGCGUCGGCGAUGGCCGGUCUCUUCUUUACGACGUCGGACGGCGUCAACUGUGUGUUUGAUAUCAACCGAUGGACGCACUUGCCGUUGGACGUGGUGGAAGCAAGUGUCCCGUUCAUGGGCCGGCAUCUCACCGUCUUCACAACGAUCGUGUCGUCGGCGUUUGGGUCCAUGCCGGCGCUGCACCGCAUCUCCAACGUCACCCCAGCGUCGCUCAGCACGAGCCUCGAAGCGGUGGCCGCCUGCGCGUCCCAGCAAUUCUGGCACCUCGUCGGCUUUCUCUACGUUGUGGGUACGCUCUCAAGUAACAUUGCGUACUUUAACGUGGUGCUGACGAGUCUCAGCAACGAUUAUGGCUGGGCCGGCUUCAACAGUUCGGGCAUGCAGCCUUUCUUGGCCAAUGCCUUCAACCGUCAGCUUCUUCUGACGCCGUCGUUGGAGCAAAAACGUCGCUGA